AUGUCCGCUUCCAGGACUGACGGUACUUUUCAGGACCGAUAUCGCUCAGACGAUUUCACCGGCGUUGGAUCUGAAGGGCAUUCGGCAGAGACAUGGCCCUGGGCUGGAGAAGAUACAAUCAUGGCUGGUACUUCGGGAACAGGAAUGGCUUCUGCGCCGGUCGCCAGUGGAAAGAACGAUGAUCCCUCACUCACCCAGCGGAUGGUUUCUGCGACCUGUGGAAGCGUUUUGACAGCUCUUCUAGUGACUCCGCUCGAUGUCGUUCGGGUUCGGUUACAAGCCCAGUCCACCACUAAAAAUUCUUCCCCGUUCACCUCGCACACCACACAUACCUUGAAAAACGCCCCUCCAAACCUCGGAGUAACCGCUUGUUGCAGGGAAGUAUUUUGGGUUGGCCAGAACACACAAAUAUGCAUGGUUGGACCCGGUGCCGGUGCUCUAGGCGCUACCUCGCAGACGGUGGCGGAUUGUGCAGUGGAGGAGACCCGACGGCGCACAUUUACGUCUACCUUUGAUGGUAUGCGGAAAAUUGCCCGGAAUGAAGGUAUCUUGACACUUUGGCGUGGACUGAGCCCGACCCUGAUGAUGGGGAUUCCCGGAAAUGUCAUCUAUUUUGCGGGGUACGACUGGCUACGCACCGACGAUAGAAGUCCGAUCCGGCGCAUGGUCCCCGACGCAUAUGUUCCUUUUAUCGCGGGAGCUGCUGCAAGAAUUACCGCAGCUACGGCUAUCAGUCCCAUUGAAAUGUUCCGAACACGUUUACAAGCUACCCCGGGCACUGGUGCGGGGCAUUUUAAGGCCACUCUGCAGGGUCUGCAUCAGAUGACCCAAGCUGCAGGCUACGGUUCGCUAUGGCGAGGAUUGACUCUUACUAUGUGGCGUGAUGUGCCAUUUUCCGGUCUUUAUUGGUGGGGAUAUGAAGAGGUUAAGAAGUACCUUCAUGAAGCACGCCAGAAAGCUCACGAAUACCCUCUACCACAUGCUCUGUCGGCUGUGACUCAUUGGGAAUCUCAUGAGACGGUAGAUCAUACAUUUACAGAUAGCUUCAUUGCAGGUGCAGCCUCUGGCUCGCUGGCAGCCUUUGUGACUACCCCCUUCGAUGUCGGCAAGACGCGGCAACAGGUAUACCGCCACGCGGGUGACGACUUACAGAACUCGGCUGCUCGCAACCUUCCACGAGGACCUCUUCACCCAGAGCAGCUGUCUUUGCCCAAAUUUUUGAUGCAUAUUUUCCGCGAAGAAGGCGCAGCAGGCCUUUUCCGGGGAUGGGUUGCACGGUGCUUGAAGGUGGCCCCUGCUUGUGCUAUCAUGAUCUCAACCUACGAAGUGGGGAAGAAACUCGCCCGCGACGUUAAUGAGAGACGCCAAGCAGCAGAUGACGCAAGUUCCGAUACUCUCUGAGUUGCAGAAACCAACCCCCCUUUCGACCUAAUUCGAUUGGCUUGAUGAUUUGAAUAUCAAGCCGGAUCCCUUCUACAUCUCAUUUUACUCGAAUCACCAUAUACCACCUUCUGUACAAUCUCGAACGAUCUCUACUCUUGAUUACUAAUUUUCUUUCACUGUUGAAGUUCUAUGAUUCACGCAUGCAGUCAACCUGCAAGUUUGCCUGUUGCAUCACAGGCUGCUAUUUGAUGAUCUCGCAUUGGAUUUCAAGGUUAUAGAGUACUCUGAUUACCCUGGCAUGGCAUAGCAUGGUGGUGGGAAAGACAGGAGCACAGAGGUUUAUCUUUGCUGCAAAAGCAUUGCAUCAGCGCAUCAUGUAAUUGUGUAUAUAUACUGUGUGUAUUCUAUCAUCCUUUGAGACAAUCCUCCCUCUCCCAAUAGUAUUAUUAAAGGAAGACAAAAUAA